AAUUAUUUACAUUAUGUUAAGAAGAGUAUUCACGUUUGUCCCCGUUAUUUUAUUACUUGGUGCUGCUUUAUUGUUGUUCUUUGUCAACUUAGCAGGUGCCAACCCUUCGGGUGUGCUAGGAAAAUUUUACUGGAGUGAAGUCGACUCCAGUAGUUUUAAUGCACCUUGGGAUAAGGCCAGAUGGACCUUGUAUUCUCUUUGUGGAGAACAGAAUGGUAGAAACUAUGACUGCACAAGCACGAAGGCUGCUUUUCCCUACUCUCCAAAAGAUAACUUUGGCUCUGCUGAGAACCUACCCCAGGAAUUCAUCAAGCACAGAAAAACGUACUACUAUUUAUCAAGAUUUGCUUACGCUUUCUUCUUGAUUGGAAUUGUGUUUGCAAUUCUUGCUAUUAUUCCAACCGUAUUAUCCUGCUGUCUCCUGGGAUUUAUAACCGGUAUCUUGGGUUCUAUUGCAGCUGGUGUUUCCUUAUUAUUCACCACUGCAGGUGCUGCGCUCAACACUGCUGCUCAUAUCAAGGGAAGAAACGCUUUUAACAAGGCUGGUUUCACUAGCAGUGUCAGCUCUGUGAUGUUUGGAAUAACCUGGGCUGCUGUCGCCUGUUUGUUGUUGAGCUUCUUGUGGAUGUGCUUUGUUGCUGGUCGCGGAGCGAGUAAGAAGCUUUACAGCGGACGUGAUGAUCACGAAGCUCAUUCUGAGGUAAAAGCAGCCUCUUCUGAGUCAUCUCGUAACGACCACGUGAUUUACAAUGAUACUCAAUACGAUCCUUAUGCUCAACAAUACGCACCCCCACCAGAGCAAAAGAAGAGCAAAUUCUUCCUCAGGAGAACCCAAUGAAGAAUGAUUUAACUUAUUUAGUAAAUGUAAUAUAGAGGGGUUCAAAUGAGAUUGUAGAAAGGGGUUUGCAGUCGAUAAACCGAAAUCCUUGGUAGUAUGUCAGUUUUGUAGAAUGCAGUUACACUUUGUAAGUAGGUAAGAGUCGAAAUAGAGAGGUUGAUGUUUAG